GGCACAGUAGGGGAAGCUCAGAGCCUCCCUCAGAGAGAGGAUGAAGACAGCUGGGACAGAAAUGGAACUCACCCCGCUGUCAUCCAUGGCUACAGUCACCUUCAACUAUGACUACUACUACGAUGACCAGUGCCAGCACCAGCACCUGCAACAUAUGUCUACUUUCCUGCCUAUCCUUUAUAGCACCGUGUUCCUGGUGGGCAUUGUUGGCAACUCAGUCCUGAUAGCGGCCUUGAUCUUCAAGCGGAGGGUCCGGAGGCUGAUUGACAUCUUUAUCAUCAACCUCGCUACGUCUGACUUCAUCUUCCUCAUCACACUGCCUUUCUGGGUGGACAUGGAGGUGUCAGACGAGAGCUGGAGGGUAGGAUCUUUCCUCUGCAAAGCUAGUUCCUAUGUCAUCUCAGUCAACAUGUACUGCAGCAUCCUGCUCCUCACCUGCAUGAGUGCUGACCGGUACCUUGCUAUCAUGCACCCCUCUGUCGCACGACGGAUCAGGACAAGAUCCUAUUUUGGAGCACUCUGCAUCUCUGUCUGGGUAUUAUCCUGCUGCUUAGGGAUACCAACCCUUUUGUCCAGAGAACUGAAGAUGCAAUAUGGAAAGACUUACUGCACAGACAAAGCCGUGACAGAAGUCAAACAGAUCAUGUCGCUGAUGCUUUUAAUCCUGGCCUUCUUCUUCCCUCUGUUUAGUAUCUUAACCUUUUACUGCUCCAUCACCAAGAGACUCUGUGUGCACUAUCAGAAGGCUGGGAAACGUGAUAAGAAACUGAGAAAAUCCAUCAAGAUUGUCUUCAUUGUAGUGGCAGCUUUUGUUGUCUCCUGGGUCCCUUACAACCUUUUCAAGCUUAUGGCCACCCUUUUGCGUCUCCUAAAGCAGCCCGACUGUUUUUCUGGCACGGUUGCCCAGCUGGGCAUGAAGGUGAGCAGCCCUUUUGCUUUUGCCAAUAGCUGUGCCAACCCUUUCAUUUACUUUUUCUUUGACAACUACAUCCGGAGAGCCAUGCUCCAGUGCCUGUGCCCACGGGUGAAAAUGAGCAGCAACAGCUCUGAUACCCUGGACAGCCACCUGAGCCAUUCCUUAUCCAAUUUUGUGGCAGGAGAGUGUGCCACCAGGAAGAGGAAGUGCUCUGUGUCCCUCUGACUGUGAGCUUGGACUGUGGAGAAAGGAACUUCUUCCCCCAAAGAUGGCAGGAAAAAAAAAGGAGAAACAACAGACAGGUGCAAGUGUAAUGCAAGCAGUGCUUCAGGUAGGAGGGAUAUUGCUUCCUUUUAAAUGCAGGUAGAUGGAAACAACCACAGAAUUGCUUCACAGGGAUUGCUGUGGCAAUGCAUGGUGUGAAUGUGAAACCAUCAUACCAAGAAAUAGCUACAAAUGCUCAUCCUGGAACCCCAGUACAAGUGCUACAAACAACAGAGAAGAACCAUAUGAUUCAGUCAAGGCCUCUCCAAAACAAGUUUUGAACUUAUGCCUGCACAGGUUUUUAUUCUGUGCAAGAAAAGGAACCCAGGUGUUUCUUUCUGGUUCCUCGCUUGCCCACAAGUAGUGUGCGAUGUCUUCAAACCAUCCUGAUCAAUUUUGGGUUUUUGGAGGUUUUUUGAACUUAAAAAUCCAAUAUUUCAACGAAUUUGUGUGUAACCAGUUCUCAUAACUCGAUCUUGUGCAUUUUAAGUCUCAGGUUCUUAUUACAGCAUUAAAUCUUUGGGUUUAAUUGUAAUAAUGAAAGUGCUUAGCCCCUUGAAUUUCAGAAAAAACAGAAUUUUAAGGCAGAGAGACCAGGAGACAAGCAAAACCUUGCACUUAACCUUUCUCUUAAAGAAAACAAGACCAACAAAAGCACACUUGUGCUUUUUAAGACUUUUUUGAGGACCUGACACAAUUUCUGAUUGCUUGGGUCAGAACUAAAGAGUCACUGCCUUCUACUAAGGAGUGAUUUCUAGAGUGAAAGGUUACACACAUGCAAACCUGCUUAAAGGCUUCAAAGGGAAGACACCUAUGUCAGCUAACACAGCUCAUGUAAAAACUGUCUGGACAGUAGAGGAAAAAAACCCUGGAGACUGGACAAUGGAAGUGGCAUCCCUCUGAUGUCACUGCAGCAUGUGUACAUUCACUAUGGCUUUUCACACCUCUGUAUUUUCUAAACGACUGUAAAUGGGAAUAACUCUUUUGAGUGUUACAAAUAAAUCCUGGUAUUUGCAUUUUGCAUUGAA